AUUUCUAACAAUUGAACAAUUUAGAACGUUUUUUACCUACAUUUCUCCUUUUUUAUUUUAUCAGACAUCCUUAUUUGUCAGUGACCCAUAUAAGACAUUACGAUAUAUUUUGUGGGUGGUUUCAAUAAAUAGAACAAUAUUAAACCUUUAUGCACUCACCGUACAACACAGUAAUAAGAUCCAGAUAAGUGUCCCACAUCACACAUACCUCUCGGUCUUCCGGUCUAUUACGGAUGUUGUGUUUGGAUACACCAGGACCCCACAACAGACCACCACGAGGAGCAUAAUCAGAUGUAUUAAAUAUGAUAAAUAAUGAAACGACACUUAUAUUCACAGAGUAGCAACGCUCUGAGAUUAAUGGACACUCGUAUAAGCUAAUAAUAAAUGACCGUGCGCGAGCCAGGGAUUAAGCGCGCAGCCCACAUCGGCAAUUCAUAAGAGCAUUUUAACUCAAAUAAAUCAUUUGGGUACCAUGGAUGGCGAGUUACCACCAUGGAAUAAACAUGGAAGUCAUAACAGCAGGAUUCCCUUUAAUACUGCAGGGGAACAUCAGCAGGGGCAUGACAUGAUAGGAGACAGCUUUGCUGCUGGAGAACAAAUGACGUCACUGUCAUCCUGUAUGAGUGGUGCAUUUAAGGCUUUUUGUUACCAGAUUACCAUGGAACUUCUUCAGCAAUGUCAGCAAACUCUGAUCAAUUUUCCUAUUCUCCUGAUAAUCAUUGUCUCAUCAAACAUGGCAUUGCAGUGGAUAGUGAUUUUUUGAAAGACCCUUUGGAUGACGCAUCAACUAGUGUCACACAUGUGCUUCCUCUCAGGUGUGCCCAAUAUGUGAGACAUGAAAAGAACCAAGAAUUGGACCAGGGAAAUGGCAACUGGACAUCAGUGAUUAAAGAUGCUUUAGAGACGAGUAAUGGAAUGGAAAUGGAACAGACUUUAUCCAUGGAUGAAUGUGGCCCCCUAAUGGACAAUAAUCCUAUAUAUAAAGGACCUGAAACUGAGGCAUAUUUUAAAUCACAGGACCAUGUCAAUCUUCAGAUUGCAGGAUCUAAACUAAAUGAGAAGCAGGAUGGGCUAGGAGUAAAAAAAGAACCAGAUUCCUUUAUUUCAGUGUUGUCAGAAGAUAUCAGUAAAAAUAAAGAUGUUCUGGAAAUGGGGAAACAUGAGGAGGCAAGCAUCUUAGAUGUUGGAUCGUCUCUGGGAAAAGAGGAACUUGGAAUUAACGGAAUUGGAGAACAUGAGCCAGGAUUUACCAGGAGUUCAUACACUCCUUUUUCUUCAUCAGAAAGUCUUAGAAAAAGUCAACCGUGUCCAGGUACGCCUUUGGACAACCAGUCUGUUGAUCACACCCUCCGGGUAACAAGACAUUGUGGGCUGUUGUGCAAAAAUGUCAGUCCUAGAAAAACUGCCAGUACAAAUACUGGCUUCAAACAUGCAAAAAUAAAUGAUGAAACUGUUCCUGAAAGUUACACUGUAUAUGGGCUUCAUCAUCCUGAUCUUCAAAAGGGCAGUCUCCAAGCAGAGAUUAAAGAUGAAAAAACUUCAGUUAAUUCUCAAGAUUAUUUCUCACUGCGUAAUGUGCAAGACGAGAGGGUUAAGACAAGCAAACCGCAUGUCUCUGUAAGUACAAUAAUAAAACAAAAUGCUGCAUAUCUGCCCAACACUAAAUACUUUGGAAGUAAACCAAAAACGCAAGUUAAUGAUCUUGUACCCACUCCUGCCUCAGUGGGCAGUCAAAACACAGCUGUGGUUAAAUGUGAAAACGUAGAACUGUGGAUCCCGACAGAAGAAGGGAUCUCUGAGAGCAUUGUAUCUGUGCCAGGAAAAAAUGAAACCAAUGAUUUUCAGGAGACAUCUAUUAGCACAAAACAUGCUAAACUCAGUCUUAAGGUGAAAACCAAACUUGCCCCUGAAAUUCAGAACUCCUCUUCAGGAUCAGAGUCAGUUCUGAAUCUACCUGUUUUACCCAACAUGAUUUACACUGAUUAUAAAUGUAAAGACGCCCAGACUGAACUAUCCAAAAGCGGUAAAUUAAAUGAGCUUUGUUUUCAAGAGAACAAUUCAGAAAACAUAACACUCACACUUCCCUCAACUUCUGCGUUUAUUGAAAGAACUAAAAAUGAAUGUGAUAUUCACGUCCAACAGAAACAAACCCCAACAAGCGGUUCUUCUGCCUUCUAAUGAAAAUGUAAAAAACUCUGAAAGAAGUGAAAAGGUAUUUCUCAACAUUAUUUCAGAAUACAGUAUUCAUCCGUCUACUGAGAAUGUUCAGGAAGCUCCACCUUCUCCAACAUCAAUGACUGACAGCUCCUCUCAGCAUAACCUACAGAAAGCAUCACAAAGGUAUAAGAAAGCAAGAAAAAGAAAAAAAAACUGAGCUUGAAGCAUUAAGUGGACCGAUUGGAUCAGAAAUAUUAGAGAGUGUUGACAAACUAGACAUAUCAAGAUACGAGGAUACGAAGAUACGAACAAAUCAAAAUGUUUCAUUGGCUGAUAAUGACAGCACUCCACCGAAAGAGGAGGACUUAAUUACAAAUGGUGAUAUAAAUCCACCAGCACUUAGGAAAAAAUGCAGAAUGACAGCCACAGCAGAGACCCCACAAAAACCAGAUCAUAGCUGCCCUGAAGCCUCACAGGAAGAAGUACCAUCAAACUCUAGGAUCAACAGAAAGGCUAUUUCUAGAAAGAAACUGAAGAAAAAAACAAGGUUAAAGGCAAAAAGCUCUGCUACCCUUAGUUUGUCUCAAAGCACAAUCUUGUCCCCAGAGGAAAGUACAACAUCACUUUUUCAGGUCAGUGACACAACUCCAGUGAAAGGAGUCAAUAAACCAACAGAAACCCAACAUGCCAUCUCUAGUUUACAGUCCAGUCCAGAAAAAUUACAAAAAUCCAGAAAAAAAGGCUACAAAGCAAAUGCUACAAAGCAAAGAUGAUCUGCAUCAAGAUGUUCCCACAACAUUUUCAGAACUCGAGGAAGGAAAAAAUAAGAAUGCAACUACUCUGCAGAAUAGACAGUCCUCACUAGAGGGUCAAACUGAAUCUGUUUCAACCUCUGUGACUGAAUCUUCAAACAUUGUAAGCCCUCCAAACAGCCCAAAUAAAUCAAAGCAGAAGAAAAGAGCAUAUAUCCACAAAGCAGCAAAAAUGCCCAAUGUGUGCCCACAAGAGCAUAUGGAAAACAUGACGACUUCCAAAACAGAAAUUGUGAAAACAAAAAGUCCUCUGAAAAAGGCAGCUAGAAAUGAUAACAAUGCAACUACUCUUUUGGAAACUCAUUCUUCUCCAGCCUCUGUCAGGCAAGCGGAUUAUGUUUCAAAUGUAGGAAACAAAGUUGAGUCUCCUGUUAUUCUCAACACACCAAGAAAGUCACAGAAAAAGAAAUUGUCAGAUAUGUGUGUUUUGAAUCCACUCUCAGAAACUGAUGUCAGCAUUGUACAACCAACUACAAAAAGAUUAGGAACAAAAAAAACACUUGAUAAAAAAGUUUCUCAUAACACAGUCGGUGAGAACUGUGAAUCUGUGAAUCAUGUGACUCUUUCCUCUGCUUAUUCUGUGUAUGCUACAGAAACUGACUGUUCAGGUAUCAGCCAACAGAGCACUGAAAAGAAAUCAAAUAAGAGGAGAAAGACAGACAUCAAGUUUAUAGAGGUACAAACAUCCACUGCUAGCCAACAGGACGAUAUCACUUUACCGCCCUCAGAAGAUCUUUCAUCUAUUAUGGUUUCAAAUCCAGGAGAAACUUUAAAAGCCAAAGGAAUUUCUAGAAACAAAACAAAUAACAACCACCUAAAUGGUAAUUUAGUUGAAGAAGCAUCUUUAUUAGCAACUGUGACACAAGAAAGUUCUAUUUUACCUGGAAAGAUUGACUCUUCAAGACAUUUUAGACUAAGCAGCACACUGAAAAAGCAAAGAAAAAAGACUGUAACGAAAACCAAAAAUGAGGCAGAAAUACUCAGUGUAAACCAGCAUGAAGAUCUGGAUGCAGUACCAUCACAAUCUGGUGCAAGCAUAGGAGCCACCAGUUCACAAAUGAUUUUAAAAGAAAAAAGUGGAACUGUGGAAAAGGCAAUUAGACAGGCAAUGAAGGAUGACCACGCAGUUGCUCUUUUCGAAAUGCAGGCUUCUACCCUCACUCUGCAACAAACAGAUUGUUUUUCAACUUCAGUUCACAGCACAGCAAAAAAAUUGAAGAAAAUUUCUGACAUUCAGCGUGGAGCAAUACAUACACCUGCAGUUGACCAAACAAUGCAAAACGAAAUCCAUGCAUUUGAUUCUGCAUCAGCCACAGAAAUGAGUAAUUCAGAUGUUCUCGAACAAAAGAUAACAAAAGUGAAGAGGAAAAGGCAGUCUAAAAAGGCCACUAAACACAAAAAACACAUUACCCAAACAAUCAACGAUAUUAGAAAACAGUCUUCUGUGCAGCAAGAAAAUUCAGUUUCAAACAGAAGGGCAAAUUCAAGGUCAGAAGACAUGACAAUGACAUUUAUGAAAAAGAGAACAUCUGCACUGAAUGACAUAAAUGAUCAACCAGAGAACCAUGUUGAACAUUCUAUGUUUCUAUCACCACUUCUGCCUCCACCAAUAUCUCAUAGUAACGAUGCAAUCCAAGACUCUUGCAAAAAGACAGACACUGUGAACAAAACAGCUGAAAGUCCUGUUGAAAACCAGGUUUCCAUCACUACUGAAGACAUUGCAAGCCCUCAGAGUUCAAUUAAGAAGGCAAAUAAAAAAACAAAGGAAACAAUUGCUAGAGCCAAAAAAAGAGAACGAACAAAGCAAUAUCCUAGAGCUGGCUCAUAGAGAGGACAAGAUGUCCGAUGUGCCAUCUGUUGUGAGAGGGGUAGCCACUGAGAAGUUUGAAACCGACAGCUGUGACCAGCAUUUGAAGGUUGCUAAGAAAUCCAAAAAAUCGAUGGAAAUUGCAGAAACACAUGGGUUUGCUAGUGUUUCUUUGUCUCAAGAGAAAAACACUGGAUCAGAUGAGGCAGGUGUCAUGGUCACUUUUACACAGGCUGAAGAUUUAUUUAAACUGUCUGAUAGUCUGACUGUAGGAUCACAGCAGCCUGAAAAAGAUGGUGCUGUGGUUAAUCAGAAAGACCUCAAAACCACAAAAAACUAUAAGAAAAAGGGUAGAAAAGCUGGACGAAAAAAGAAGAAGGUGGCAUGCCUGUUAACUAAAUCCAUUAAAGAAUAGGAACAUAAAGAUAUAUGUUAUGACAACAGAAUUGUCUCUGAUUUUUAAAGCAACACACAAAUUCAAAUUUCUGAAAUUUUCCAGAAGAUAACAGAUUUUCCAGAAGAACCAGUACUAAAAUCAAGAAAAUCAACCCGCACACAAAAAAUACACCUAGUUCCAGUUGUUAAGAAUUUAACACAGGACAAGAGCACAGUCUCUUUAGACAUCACUGAGUGUCAAACAACACUUGGAGAGACUCUUUCCGGUUCCAUGCAAACUGCUGAUUGUGAAGAUCAAUACACUGUUGAGAAAAAGCCACGAAGACGAGGAAGACCCCCUUCAAGUAAAAGCAAGAAACAUAAAUUAUUUGUAGCACAUUUAGAAGAUAACACCUCUCCAUCUGUCCAUAUCUCAUAUCUCACUCCAUGUCAAGACAGCAUAGAAAAUACAGUCAAAGCAGCUGCAAGUCCAGUAAAGCAAAACAUGGAUAAAAAUGUAAUUGUUACCAAACAAUUAGGGACUGAUCCCCCGGAGUCCCUGGAUCUCUUGUCAAACAGCAUCACUACAGCUGGGCGCAAAAAAGGGAAGAACCUUAAAAGACCAAUUAGAAACCCAAAGUUAUCAAGCUUAAGAGUAUGUAGCAGAACAUCUCAAGACAUCAGUCAAAGGUUUUCAAAAAGGAGACAUAACUUCCCUCUCGCAUAACUCCACAGAAGUUUUUAACGAAGAAGGGAAAAAAUCUUUGCCUAUGCCUGAGACAGUGAAGAAACAGAAACUCUGUGAAAAAACAUCUAUAAAAGAUGGUAAUGUGCCAGCUGAUAGAAAGAUUGAGAAUAAGGCAACAAUUAAAGUAAUGAAAGGAAGAAAACGUGGUCGGAAGAGACCAGGCAAAGGUUUAUUGACAAAGUUCAAUAUAACCAGUAAAUGCUCUACUGAGGACCAAAAUAAUAUAGUCACACCAGAGAAAAAUGAUAAUGAGAAAACCAAGUUAGACAGUGUUGAAAUUAUACCAUCAAUAACUGCAAAGACCUGCAAGAUAACAGCAAAAACAGAUCUCCUAUGCAGUUCUCAAACUGACCUGCCCUCCAGUUUAGUGAAAGAAGUCAAAGAAGUACAAAGUGGAAGAACAAAGUGCUGAGCCGAGUGGAAAAGAUUCAUUUGAAGUUUCCAUGCAAUCUUAUACUGAUAUAGUCUCAAUAGGAAUUUGUAAUUUAAUGUCUAGUAAUGCGGUCCAGGAGAAUUCAGAAAAAAAAAUUCUGGAUACAAAUAUUAAACCAAACAUUGAGCUGAAAUGUACUGAUGAAGCAGAUCGAUUAAGUGUGGAAACAUCAGGGGAAAAAGUACUUGAUAACUCAACUGAGUCAGAAAAUGCACUUCAACCUUCUACUGAAUGGAAAGUGGAUGGUCUCACACAGAAUAGUGAACACUGUGUUGUCAUGCCGAACAGAGUGUCUAAUAACAGGACAAUAGGAUCCAAGCCUGAAGAAAUAGUGAAAAAACCUCUCACAUGCAAAUACUGUGGUGUUUCCUUUCGGCACAUUACAACAUACACCAUUCAUCGACGCAUACAUAGGGGUGACAAACCCUACAAAUGCAAGAUUUGUGGAAAAACGUUUGCUCAACUAUCUAAACUAAAGUCCCACUGUAACGUACAUAAACAGGAUACUUAUUUUCCUUGUCCUUGCUGUAGCCAAAGGUUUUUAAAGAAAGUUGAUUUGCUAUGUCAUUUUAAAGUCCACAUGCAGGAAUCAAAAGCAAAAAGUGAACCAAAUAAGCACGUAAAAAACAAGAUAAAUAUUUCAUCAAAUCGGUCUUCAGAGACCCCAAACAAUUAUGGGUGCCUUGUAUACAAGAAAAGCUUUGCAAACCAUGUCAAAUUGCAGAAUCACAUACAAACGCAUGAAGUGGAGAAGUCUUUGACUUGUAAAGAUUGUGGGAAGAUAUUUUGGAAACAGUCAAGCCUCAUAGCUCAUGAAAAAACUCACUGGCCUGUUAAACCAUAUGCUUGCUCGAUUUGUGGUAAAGGCUUUAACCAACUAAAAGCCCUAAAAAAGCAUUCUCAAGACCAUGCGGGUGAGACACCUUUCUCCUGCUUUCACUGCGGUCUUGGUUUCAGUGCCCUGUCGGCACUUAGGAUGCAUCAAGCAUCCAAAACAUGCAUUGCAAGGAGAGAUUACUGGGCAAGCAAUAACAUUAAGGGCUUCAUUGUAAGUCAAGGAGUUGAUGGUCAAGUAAACACACCAGUAUUCUUCAAGUGCCAAAUAUGCAAACAACUUUUCAGGAAGUGGUGCCAAUACACUCUUCACCUUCAAACACACACCAGCUCUCCCCCAUGCAUUUGUUUUUCCUGUGGACAGUGUUAUGAGAAGGAUUCGGAUAUGAAUGUUCAUUGUGAGGUUUGUUGCCAGUCAAGUGGGGAGGAGAAGAUUUGUAGUGCAUCACUUACCGAAAUCAAGCAAGGUGUUACCCAAACCUACCCUCUAAAGUGGACCUCAUCUCAGAGUCUAAAAAGUACAGGAUGUCAGAUGGAUUCCCAAAUGACAACCAGUUCAGAACAGCUCCCGCAACUGCCUCAAUUGGUGGAUGUGGAACCUACACAAACAAGAGAUGCAGAUCUUUCAAAACUUCCUAAAACGUAUUCUGCCCAUUCACCCAUUAAGCUCCCAAAUGCCCAAUCACGUGCUCUUCCUAAUGUUAACUGUACAUCCUCAAGUAGCUCUCUAGGAUGCAUUGAAAUCACUCAGAGUCUUUGGAAAUUUGAGUGUUCACAUUGUGGUCAGCGAUUCGAGAGGUACAGGACUUUCAGUGCUCAUCUGCAAACACAUGCUCCACAUUGUGGACAGUUCUUUGAAAGGUUGAGUAAAUUAUGGCUACAUCAGCCCCAUCAUCACCUUAAAAGCCAUUGUUACUCCUGUAUGCAGUGCAAUCUGCAAUUUCGUUUCUUUAGCUCUUUUAGAGAGCAUAUGAUUGAUCAUGCAGGGCAGAGACCAUAUGCUUGUCCCCUCUGUCCCAAAACCUUCAUUCAGGAGGCAAGCUUACAUGCUCACCAAUGUGAGUCUCAUAAACUUUGUAAAAGUCUGAAAUGUGAUGUCUGUUCUAAGACUUUCAGUAGUUUAAGAAACCUUAUCAAGCACAGUCUUCUGCAUAAUGGCGCUACCUCUAACGUUUGUCUUCUUUGCAAUCUCUCAUUCACAAAUAAUAGAGUCUUAAAGGAACACUUGAAAACACACACCACAUACCAUGGACUGGCCCUCCCUGGCAUUCCAUCAAAGCCACUUGAUUUUCCUCACAAAUGCAAAAGGUGUAAAGCUAGCUUUUCAACUGGAGAGUUGCUCUAUGCUCAUCAGAUUCGUCAUUCUAGAGAAGCAAAGACUCACAUCCGUCCAGCAGUAAUACCUGCCUCAAAAUUGUUUGAUACUUGUCUUAAUGACACACCUUCCACUCACAGGAAUCAUAUAUCAAAACACAAACUUGAUGGCAUACCCAGUGAUGACAGCCUGUAUGUUUAUUCCCAUCCUGACAGACUCUAUGUGCCCCCUAGUCGUAGAGUGCAGCUUCCGGUCAUUAAUUUGGACCCUGAUGAACCAGAGGAGGAGGUCUCAGACUCUCAGAAUCCUGGUCAUGAGCUUCCAAACAGUGAAAUCACUUCUCAUCAGUCUGACAGCACACACCUACCUCAGGCCACUUUAGAUCAGGAGACCACCAACCUAAAUUCAAGUGAAAGCAUAGAGAUGAUGGCAAAUGGUCAACAGAAUUACAGCCACAAGUAUCAGAGAAGCUCUUCAUUUGUGGAGACAGGUGUUGACAUGGACGUAGAAACAACUCCUCAAGAAGAUUUGAAGAGUUUUGAAUGUGCAGACUGUACUGAAAAACUAACCAGUGUGUUAGGCCUUUAUGAACAUUACAUUCUUCAUGCAAUGGGAGAUGAAUAUGUGCAAGUAAACUGAUAAUUGAUAAUGCUUGAAGGUAAAAUUUUCCCACAUAUUUUAUGCUUUAAAAAUAAUGUUUUGAAACAAAUAUGUGUUGAUGAUGACACAUCUGUUUUACAGUUCCAUAUUUUAAAGCAAAUAUUAGCAGAAUGUUUACCGUAACUACAUAUUUUUUUUUUUACAUCUUGAACAAAAGUGGGAAAAUUAGCAUUACUGUGACUCUUCCUUCAACCACUCCUAGAUACUGUAUACUGGGGUCAUUUCACUAUGCCUUUUCUCUGUACUGCCAUUCAUUAUCUCCUUUUGUGCCUUCAGUGAUAGUUUUGGUUCUGUAAAUAGAUAUACAUAAUCCUGUAUAACUCCACAACCACCUAAUCCUUCCUUUGUAAGGAAAAAAACCUUAUAGUUACAUUUUCAACACCUUUUAAAUUCAAUUUUGUUAAAUUGAGAGGUGUUUAAAUGUAGAUUAACCUUGAACAUUCAUAUAUGAAUGUCUGGAUGGGACAAAAAUAUACUGUAUAUUGUAAAAAUUUGUAAUCUUGAGAACAUUAGAAUAUUUCUAGAAAAUAAUGGCUUUGAAAAGAUCCAAAAGAUUCUAUGCUUUUAAGUGGAUUGAGUUUUUUUUUUAAAUUAAAACAUACUACUUGUCGUGU